AGCGCCGGCGGAAGCGCGGCGCAGCCGUUACCAGGGACCUCGGGGGCCCGCGCUGGCCAAUAUGCGCCGCGUGUAAAUACCUUUGGGGGGGGCGGAGGAGAGAAGCGUCGAAUUUCAAAAAAAAAACCAACCCAAACCCCCACAACCCCGGGCGGGCGGGCGCGCUAUGGGCGCCCUUUGGCUGCAGGAGCGAGUGGAGGAUGCUGGGAAGGAGGUAAAAUGGCCACCGGCGGCGGCGCGGAGGAGGAGAAGCGGGGGCGGGCACAGCUCCUGCCCCCAGCGCGGCCAGCGGUCCGGGGCGAGGAGGCCGAGGGCGGCCGCGAGAAGAUGGGCUGGGCCCAGGUGGUGAAGAACCUGGCCGAGAAGAAGGGCGAGUUCCGCGAGUCCCGGCAGCCGCGGCGGGAGGACGAUAGUGGAGGCGGCGGGGGCGGAGGGCUCGGCGCCCCCGCGGGCCUGGCGGCGCCCGGCCUCGGCGACUUCCCCCCCGCCGGCCGCGGGGACCCGAAGGGCCGUCGGAAAGACCCGGCCGGCGAGGCGGCGGACCCCCGCAAGAAGAAGGGUGCUGUCGAGGCGGGCAGGAGGAAGAAGGCCGAGGCGGCGGCCAUGGCGGCCCCGGCCAGGCCCGGCGAGGCCGAGGACGAGCGGCCCCUCCAGGACGAGCAAGUGGCGGCGGUGGGCCCUGCGGCGGGCCCGGGCAAGGGUCGCUUCCUCGUGCGCAUCUGUUUCCAGGGAGACGAGGGCGCCUGCCCCACCCGGGACUUCGUGGUGGGCGCACUCAUCCUGCGCUCCAUCGGCAUGGACCCGAGCGACAUCUACGCGGUCAUCCAGAUCCCCGGCAGCCGCGAGUUCGACGUGAGCUUCCGCUCGGCGGAGAAGCUGGCACUGUUCCUACGCGUCUACGAGGAGAAGCGCGAGCGGGAGGACUGCUGGGAGAACUUUGUGGUGCUGGGGCGGAGCAAGUCCAGCUUGAAGACGCUCUUCAUCCUUUUCCGGAACGAGACGGUGGACGUGGAGGAUAUCGUGACCUGGCUCAAGCGCCACUGCGACGUGCUGGCCGUGCCCGUGAAAGUGACCGACAGGUUUGGGAUCUGGACCGGGGAGUACAAGUGCGAAAUCGAGCUGCGUCAGGGCGAGGGCGGGGUCAGGCACCUGCCCGGGGCCUUUUUCCUGGGGGCCGAGAGGGGCUACAGCUGGUACAAGGGGCAGCCCAAGACGUGCUUUAAAUGUGGUUCCCGGACCCACAUGAGCGGCAGCUGCACGCAGGACAGGUGCUUCAGGUGCGGGGAGGAGGGGCACCUGAGCCCUUACUGCCGGAAGGGCAUCGUGUGUAACCUCUGUGGCAAGCGAGGACACGCCUUUGCCCAGUGUCCCAAAGCAGUUCACAAUUCGGUGGCAGCUCAGCUAACCGGCGUAGCCGGGCACUGAAUACCCGCUUACGUGUCAGAGUGAACACACAGCCAGCUUAACCCUCUUAAGUGCCAAAACUUUUUUUAAAACCAUUUUUUAUCGUUUUUGAAGGAGAUCUUUUUAAAACCUCCAAAAGACAUUUCUCUAUGCCUUCUUAAAUCGAGUUUACUCCUUUUCAGCCCGUUAUGAAUUAAUGACUCUCGUCGGUAAAUACUACCGAGAACUGUAGUGUGCAGAUAUGUCGCCCCUCCCUUUUUUGAAUUCUUUUUUUUUUUUUUUUUGUAUGUGUUUUUUUCUUGUACUUUUUAUUACCUCCUCCCCACACCUUGUUUUCUCCUUGAUUUUCGCCCUUUGGGCUGCCUUGCUCGUCUUUAUGCCCCAGCACCCGUUACGGGGCCCAACACGUGGUAGGCAGUCCUCAGUGUUUGUUGAAUUGAAAACAUUGUUGACUGUUGCGUCAGCGUGUCUACCUUCUGCGGCUCUUCCCCUUCCCCCUUUUAAUUUGCUGCUUCUAAUCUAUGUGGUCUAAGAAUUUGUGAAACCAGUGUUGCUAGAAGUGUAUGUAAUCUGAAUCAAUAAGCUCUGAAUGGUGGCCAGGGGCCUCUCUUACGGCAUAAAAAUGCAUGGCCUUUACGACAGCUCUCUCAGCUCAGAAGCCAUUUUUCUUAGAAUCAUGUAUCUAGAAUUUUUCUGCUGGAAAGGACCUGAGAGUUGGUUUAGACCAAUCCCCUGGUUUUCCAGCAGGUGAAACAGUUACAGAGAGGUUAAAUGACUGGGUCAAAGUCACAUAGCUGUCCAGUGCCAGAGCUCGCCUAUAGCAGAGUUCCCUGACCCCAAGCCCGGUGCUCAUUCCACUACCUCUCACACUUUACAACAAUUUCCUCAACACUUGAGGGCCCAGAAAUUCUGAUCUCUCCAGAAUGGUGAGCCCAGAGGGAAUCAUCUGGGGGAGCGAGCAGAAAGAAAAGGGGCUUAGCGCAGGGGCUUCUAAAUACUUGGUAGAAAGGGAAGGGACCCAGGAACAAACUCUAAAGUGCAUUCAUUGCCCCCUGGGGUACCACAUCUGGAUCAGUGUAGUGGCCUUACCCUUCCCCAUUCAUUGCCACCACUGAGAAGUGGGGCUGCCCCUAAGUAAAGAAACCUACCAAAAGUUUACAUUUGCACCUUAGGCUCAAUAGCUAGGAACUCUAGAGAAGCAGCUAGCUGGAACUCGUGUGUAACCUCCUCUCAGAAGAAAGGCGGUUUUAACCCGGAAUUAUGAGUGAGCUGUUAAACUCUAAAAUAUACUUGGGAAGUAGGUCAAGCAAGAGGUCAUGGGUCAACUAAGUGUUAUCAAGUUAAAAUAGAAAAGAUAGUGUACUGCUUUUUUUUUAGUUUUUGUCUUUCCUUUGCUAUAUGUUUUGCUAUUU